AUGUCAUUCUCCAACAUCUACACCCACCGCAAGGUCGCGGAAAAGGCGGCCAAGGGCUGCGAUGUCUGCUACCGUGCAACAAGCAGCGUCCUUGUCGCUCCCGAGAAUAAGGAUUUCUUCUACGUCUGUCCCAGCCAUUUGAAGGACAAGAACUUCUGCUCCCCUAUCAUCGACAAAGAGGCCGUCGAAGCGAAGAAGAAAAAGGCCCUCGAGGAUGAGGUUGAGCGUGUGAAGAAAGAGUACGAGGAUAAACAAAAGAAGAAGAAGGAAAAAGAAGAGAAAGAAAAAGAGAAAGACAAGGAGAAGGAGAAGGAGAAGGAGAAGGACAAAGAGAAAGACAAGGACGACAAAAAGACAGAAGACGAAAAGAAGGAAGACAGCGCCAAGGCAAGUUGUUUGAUCUCCAAGGACGGCACCGACACGCCAACUCCGGCCGCGGAAGACGAGCCUCGCAUAUUCGCACUUCGAAAGAACUUUUUCGGAGCGCGACUUGAAAAGAAGCGACAGAUGGAGAUUGCAAAAAGAAAUCGGGAGCGUCUCCAGCAACCAAACCUAUUUCCAUCUGUUCCGAAAGGCAUGCCGGGUAGUUGA